AUGGCUGCCUCAAUUCUUCGAAUGCGCUCCUUAGCAACUUCGCGCCAAGUGCGUUGCUUCAGCUCUUCACCUCGCCAAUAUGCUGCAGCAGAGGUUAAGAAGCUUGGUGUCAUCGGCGCUGGCCAGAUGGGUUUGGGUAUUGCUCUUGUUGCAGCUCAAAAGGCACAGGUUCCUGUUACCUUGAUUGAUACAACAGACAAGGCUUUGGACAAGGGAAUUGCUUUUGCCGAGAAACUCCUAGCAAAGGAUGUCUCCAAGUCGAGAAUCACACAGGAGCAGGCUGACAAGGCACGAUCUCUCCUCUCGACCAGCACCAAAAUGGAGGAUCUCUCGUCUGCAGACAUGGUUAUCGAGGCUGUUCCUGAGCUGCCCAAUCUCAAGUUUGACAUCUUCAGCAAGCUGGCUCAGAUCUGCCCCAAGCAUGCUAUUCUUGCCACAAAUACCUCCUCCAUCUCCAUCACUCGCAUCGCCGCUGCAACUACUACAGACCCUACCGACACUUCUGCUUCAUCCCGUGUAGUGUCUACUCACUUCAUGAACCCCGUCCCUGUGCAAAAGGGUGUUGAGAUCAUCAGCGGUCUGCAGACCAGCCAGGACACACUUGAUACUGCUAUUGAGUUCUGCAAGCGUAUGGGCAAGAUCACUUCUGUUUCCGCCGACUCCCCUGGCUUCCUCGCCAAUCGAAUUCUCAUGCCUUACAUUAACGAGGCCAUUAUUUGUUUGGAGACCAAUGUUGGAGACCGCGACUCUAUCGACGCCAUUAUGAAGAACGGCACAAAUGUUCCCAUGGGUCCUCUUCAACUUGCUGACUUUAUCGGUCUCGACACAUGUCUUUCUAUCAUGAAGGUUCUGUACGAAGAGACUGCCGAUUCCAAGUACAGGCCGAGUGUUUUGCUGAAGAACAUGGUCAACGCUGGAUGGUAUGGAAAGAAGAGUGGCAAGGGAUUCUAUGACUAUUAA